CGGUUCGCGUGGCGGAUAAGAAGCAAGUGCAGGAAUAAGAAAAAACUCUUCAUCUUCAGAAAAGCGCUCAUCAUGAACUAGUUUAAAAAGUGGUUAAAUCGAAUAAUAAAACAUUGCUUAUCUCUUAAGCGUUUAAACAAAUGUUUCCCUUGAAACAUUGUUUCUAAUCCACCAUCCAUUUUCGUGCAGGUGGGGGAGUAACGUUUUUAAACACUUAUCUCUGUGGAUAUUUUUUUCAAAAAGAUAAGAUAAAAUCCAAAAUUAGUUUUUUUUUGUUGGUCCGAAUGACGGAUGCCAUCCGGGAAGCAUCACCAUAGUCAUAUAAUCGCUGGAUCAUAUCAUAUCAGUUUUUUUUUUCAACUCGCGGAUCAUAAACGGAAUGCAUUUCAUUCGCGGCACAAAUCAUGGUUAACGACGACGCAUAAGACUGUACUUUUAUAGCCGUAUUUGCAGUUGUUGCGAGGUUUUUUCGUUUACGUUUUUCUUCAGUUUUCGUUUGUGGUUAAAAAUUUCGGUGUGACCAAAAAAAGUGAUAAUAAUUAAUAUCUGUAAAGAAUAAAUAAAUACUUUUGAAAUAACAAUGGAAGACGCUGAUGGUUCCGCAUUUGCUGCCGGUCUGUGUUUGGAGUGGAAACAUCUGAACUAUUAUGUCCCAGCUAAGGAAGAAAAUAACUAUAGUUUUUGGGAAUCAUGUCGCACCCAAAGGGAAUUGCAGAUAUUGAAUGAUGUUAGUGGCCACAUGAAAACCGGCGACCUGGUUGCCAUAUUGGGUUGCAGUGGAGCCGGCAAGACCACCCUACUGGCAGCAAUAUCUCAGCGUUUACGCGGAAACCUAACGGGAGAGGUGGUGGUCAAUGGCAUGGUUAUGGAUCGUUCGGAGAUGAUACGAAUUUCAAGUUUCCUACCACAAUUUGAGAUUAAUGUUCAGACCUUCACUGCCUAUGAACAUUUGUAUUUUAUGUCCCACUUUAAAAUGCAUCGCAAAACCUCGAAAGCUGAGAAACGCCAGCGGGUAGAAGACCUUCUACUGGCAGUGGGUUUAAGAAAUAUCGCUCAUACUCGAAUUCAACAGAUGUCGGGUGGAGAACGAAAGAGGCUUAGUUUGGCCGAGGAGCUAAUCACCGAUCCCCCAUUUAUAUUCUGCGAUGAGCCAACCACCGGUCUGGAUAGCUAUAAUGCCUUUACUGUGAUCAAGACACUGCGUCAUCUCUGCACACGACAUCGAAUUCUUAACAAGUCGCUCACAUCGUUGUACGGCGAAGAUUCCUAUUCAUCGCCGAGUGGAGAGAGCAGUCCUGGCAGUUCGAUUGAAAUGGAAAUUCUAGAUUCAGAUUUACCCAGCCUAAAGGCGUUGAACAACAGUCCCAAUGGUCGUUACAAAAAGGCAAUCAUCUGUUCCAUACAUCAGCCGACAUCGGAUAUAUUUGAGUUGUUUACCCAUAUUGUACUGAUGGAUGCCGGCCGUUUGGUGUAUCAGGGACGAACCGAAGAUGCUGUGGAAUUUUUUACCAAAUUGGGUUAUUCUAUACCACACAAUUGUAAUCCUGCCGAUUUUUAUUUGAAAACCAUUUCGGAUAGUCACACCAAUCGCAAGGAUGGAGCCAUAGUCCGGGCCAAACAUAGUCUCCAGACAAUGGGUCUUUAUAAUAGCAGUUGGUUGCUGCCGAAGCCAUAUACGGGAGAUUAUUUAAACAACAUGAAGAAUUUCAAAAAGAUUUGGUGGCCCAUACAGGUGUAUUUGCUGUUAAAACGUUUUGUUACCGAUGACCGCCGUAAUUUGAAACAAGGACUUAUAUCCACGGGAUUUUUUAUGAUCACCUCCGUCACUCUGGCCAUCAUGUAUUCCGGCGUUGCAGGCAUGUCACAGACUUCGAUACAGGAUAUUGGCGGUUCGAUUUUCAUGCUGAGUAGUGAAAUGAUUUUCACCUUUUCGUAUGGUGUCACAUAUGUUUUCCCCGCAGCCUUGCCCAUUUUGCGAAGAGAAGUGGGCGAGGGUACCUAUAGCCUAUCGGCAUAUUAUGUGGCCGUGGUGUUAUCCUUUAUACCCAUGGCAUUUUUCAAAAGUUAUUUCUUCUUUUCGGUGGUCUAUGCUUUCAUUUACUAUGAACGGGGUUUUAUGCUAUUUCUGACAAUGGGUUUGAUAUUGAGCCUGUCGGCAGUGGCUGCCACGGGGUAUGGCUUGUUUUUGUCGACAUUGUUUGAGUCGGAAAAAAUGGCAUCGGAAUGUGCGGCACCAUUUGAUUUGGUAUUUUUGAUAUUUGGUGGAGCGUAUUAUAAUGUGGAUUCGAUACCAUUUUUGAAGUAUCUAUCGCUGUUUUUCUAUUCCAAUGAGGCGUUGAUGUACAACUUUUGGAUUGAUGUGGAUAAUAUAGAUUGUCCCAAAAACCAAGAACAUCCCUGCAUAAAAAACGGCCUGGAGGUGUUACAGCGUGGCUCGUUUCGCACAUCGGAUGACACGUAUUGGAUGGAUUGUUUGGGCCUGGUUUUUAUUGCCGUGGUCUUUAACAUCAUGGCGUAUUGUUUUAUAAAGAAAUAUAUACGUCGUAGUGGUUAUUAUUAAAUGUUGGAAUUUUGUAGGGAUUUCAUUAUUUUGUUUUUUUUUUCACCGCACAUAAAUACUUGAUUUUAUGGUUUUCAUGUAAAUUUAAGUGAAAUACAUGUUUUUGUUAAAUUAUUUCAUAAA